AUGGGAGAUAAAAAUCCGAGGAUAAUGUACGGUGUGAUCAUCACCGUGUACGUUGAUCGUGAAACGACGACCGUCCGUUCGUUUCGACGGAGAGGGAAGCAAAAUAACGAAGGUGAGAGAUUCAUUGAGCGGAAUUGGAAGCGUGAGAUCGGAAAGACACGUGGAUAUGAUCGGAGAGCGACUCUUUUAGCUUAUUGUCGUCGGAUGAGAGCUGAGUGUCUCGCCGGAGAUUUAAAACGCGACGGUGAAGAGAGUGAGAACAACAAAACAGAGCGGCCGAAUCCGAAGACUUAA